AUGGUCAAUGUCAAUGGCACCGAAGUCAUACUGGCGCCGCCAGCUGGCUAUGUGGUGAACUUCGAAAAUCCGCCACAGAUCGGGCGGACAGAAAUCUUUGCUGUGGUCAUCGUGGAGAACAUCCUCGCUUUCGCAUUUCUCUGUCAACGCCUCUACACAAAGAUUGUUCUCAUGAAAGAGUUCCAGAUCGAAGACGCAACUGUUAUUCUCGCUUGGGCGACUUCAAUAGGCACCCAGGCCGAGUUGAUACAGCUCUACGUAGUGAAAGCUGUCGGGGUGCAUGCCUGGGAAAUGCCGCUAGAACGUUACCAAUACUUCAGCCGUGUUAUAUUUGCUGCGCCGCUUGUCUAUACCUUCACUGUUGCCUCAGCCAAAGCCACUCUGUGCUUCUUUUAUAGGAGACUGUCUCCAUUCAGAACCUACCAGAUAUUCGUAUGGAUCACCAUGUUCAUCUGCGUGGGGUCCUCAAUGGGCAUAUUCUUCAGUCUUGUCUUUGCCUGCAAACCAUUGGCAGCCAGUUGGGAACCAACGUUGGCUGUGACGGCUCAAUGUCUAGACAGACCGGCCAUCUACGUGGCCACUGCUGGGAUAGGAAUCAUUACAGACGUCAUUCUUCUCGCGCUUCCAAUUCCGGUGGUUAUAGGUCUCAACAUACCUACUAGACAGAAGAUCAUCGUGGUUCUGUUGUUUGCUAUUGGGUCAAUAACUGUGGUUACGUCCAUCGUUCGUCUGAUUAUAUUGCUGCCAAGCCUGGCCAACCCGGAUCAGACAUAUGCUCUCACCCAAGGGACUCUUUGGAUCUGCAUCGAGUCGAACCUCCUGAUCAUGUGUUGUUGCCUACCAACAUUGAGGCGGUUCUUCAGGCACAUUGCACCAACCUUCAUCGGCGAGAAAGUCUCAACCGGAGAUUCCACACAACCACAGAAUCGAUACCCACUGCGAACGUUUGGCAGCGGCCCGAAAUACAAUAAGGGACAGAAGUCUCGAUUCGACACCCUGAUGCGCACCCAAGCUACCCGACUCGACGACGACGACCAUGGCAUGGACGAUGUGGGCAAUCUACGACCGGACGUCGAGUACCAUGAUAACGUGACGAACAUUCGCGGAGGGUUAGAAACACAGUCAUCUGAAGAGGACGCAAAGGCGGGCUACGAAAGCGACGAUGCCAUCAUCAACUCCAGGACAUCGCACCGCUGCCUCAUGUCGGCGUCGAUCGAUGUCCCGGCACCCAAAGACGUAGCCGUGGCCUCGGAGACCACCGACUCGGAAGAUGCGCCCGUCGACCAAGAGGGCCCUCCCCCAAACGGCGGCCAUGUCGCAUGGCUGAAUGUUGCAGGGUGUUUCGCCCUAUACCUGAACACUCUCGGGCUCCUCAACACCUUCGGGGUCUUCCAAACAUACUAUGAAAAGGAGCUGCUGCGGGACAGCUCGGCGUCGGCCAUCUCGUGGAUCGGCUCGAUCCAGGCCUUCUUCCUGAUGUCGGUCGGGGUCUUCGUGGGCCCGCUGUUCGACGCGGGCCACUGCCGGGCGCUGCUGGUGGCGGGGACGUGCCUGCUGGCGGUGGGCUUCAUGACGACGAGCGUCGCCGCGGCGUACUGGCAGGUCUUUCUCGCGCAGGGCGUCUGCAUCGGCCUCGGCACCAGCUGCCUGGCCAUCCCGUCCAUCGCCCUCGUGCCCAUGUACUUCACGCCGCCGCGGCGCACCUGGGCCAUGAGCGCCGCGACGCUCGGCAGCGGCCUGGGCUCCACGGCGUACCCCAUCAUGUUCCAGGCGCUGCAGACGCGCAUCGGGUUCGCGUGGACCGUGCGGGUGCUGGGGUUCAUCUCCUUCGCCUUCUGCGUGUUCGCCAUUGUCGUCACGAAGCCGCGGUACAAGAAGACGGUUGGUGCUUCGCAGAAGAUGCGGUCGAUCGGGUCGAUUGUCCGAGAAGCGCGGCUCGGGGAGAGGCAGUACAUCAUCUUCGUCAUUGCCGUCUUCUUCAACAACGUGGCGUUCUUUGAGCCGCUCUACUAUCUGCAAAGCUAUGCCUUGGACCACGGCAUGAGAGGCCAGACGGUGGCCGGCUACUUGCUAGCUAUUCUGAACGGGUCCUCGAUAUUCGGGCGCCUGGUGCCUUCGGCUAUGGCUGGGAAGCUCGGCGUCGUAAACACGUUCAUCAUCAUCUACUUUCUCAGCGGCGCCAGCGUCUUCUACUGGAUCAACGCCAACGACGCCGCGAGGAACAUCUCCUUCGCUGUGCUGUAUGGAUUCUUCUCCGGCGGUGUUGUUGCUUUCCAACCUGUGGUUCUAACAACCAUCACGGAUGAUCUAGCAUACCUAGGCACGCGGCUUGGAGCUCUGUCUAUUCUGAAGGGAAUCGGAUCCUUGGCUGGGCCUCCUAUUGCAGGUGCUAUACUGCAAAGCGCUGGUGGUUAUCUCGGCGUGCAGCUAUUUACUGGAUUUGCCAUCAUGCUCUCGGUCGCAUUUGCCCUUGGUUUACGACUGAUGAUGGGCUCACCUUGGACUGCUAAGUGA